AUGGACCUCCCGCCCGGAUUGGGCUCCCGCCGUAGCGCUGCUCUGACCAGCCUAUCAAUUCCCCACGAAACUGGGGCAGCCAUCAGGGCAUUGGGGCCAAUGGGGUCGUCCCUCAUGGCCAGCGUCUCCGGCCGGUACAAGGAAAGCCAUCGACCUCGUGUGGGAUAUAGAAAAGAUGUGUGAUGUAUAACAACACAGCGAUGAAUUAUACUGGCCUUGCAUCCCUGGUGUCCAUACACUGGUUCCAUAUUGAUUCCACCCAAUCAAAAAAGUAGUUUGGUAAAUGAUGCUCUCAGACUUUUUCUAUUAGAAAUUUAUAGCAGUUCUUCAAAAUUGCAGUAGUUCUGAUAGAUCCAUCAAGUAAAUGUCUUGAUGAGCUACUUUGAAAUGCACUGCAAUUCAGGUGAAUUUCUUCAUGUUGGCCCUCGUUCCCCAGAAUAAUGCAGUGGCUAGGUACGGCCUAAGAUUCCAUUAACUUGUGCCGAAAGAAAUUCAUGCCUUAUUUUGUCUUAACUGAAGUCGAUAUGGAGAUUCCUAGGUUUGUCCUUUCUAGUUAAUAGCGCAGUCAUACGGCCUGUGAGGACGUAGGCCCUUGGCACGCCUCUUACUAAACUCCUCCCCCAGAUCCCAAAACUCCUGGGGAAGAGGUGAGGACUGGUAGGUGGUCUGGGACGGUGGUUUGGGCUGAUGAGUGGUCGGUGGUGACCCGAACAGGACGGGGGCGGAGCCUCCCUCCAGGAUGAGCCGCCCCGUGUACCAGUCUAUCCGGGGUGGUUGUGGCCAGCCAGGGGUGCACGAGGACGAGGGGACAAUGAAAAACUGGAUACACUCCCAUAGCCUGGACAACACCCUGUCGUUCUCCGCUAACAUCAAGGCGGUGACCCGAUCCUGUAGGUUCAUGCUCUACAACAUUCGGAGAGUACGACCCUGCCUUACACAGGAAGCGGCACAGGUCCUAAUCCAGGCACUUGUCAUCUCCCGUCUGGAUUACUGCAACUCGCUGUUGGCUGGGCUCCCUGCCUGUGCCAUUAAACCCCUACAACUCAUCCAGAAUGCCGCAGCCCGUCUGGUGUUCAACCUUCCUAAGUUCUCUCACGUCACCCCGCUCCUCCGCACACUCCACUGGCUUCCAGUUGAAGCUCGCAUCUGCUACAAGACCAUGGUGCUUGCCUACGGAGCUGUGAGGGGAACGGCACCUCCGUACCUUCAGGCUCUGAUCAGUCCCUACACCCAAACGAGGGCAUUGCGUUCAUCCACCUCUGGCCUGCUAGCCCCCUUACCUCUACAGAAGCACAGUUCCCGCUCAGCCCAGUCAAAACUGUUCGCUGCUCUGGCACCCCAAUGGUGGAACAAGCUCCCUCACGACGCCAGGACAGCGGAGUCACUCACCACCUUCCGGAGACAUUUGAAACCCCACCUCUUUAAGGAAUACCUGGGAUAGGAUAAAGUAAUCUUUCUACCCCCCCCCCCCCCCCCCUUACCCCAACCCACCCCCCCCCCCCCCCCCCCCCCAAAAAAAGAAGAAAAAAAGAAAAAAAAAAAAAAAGAAAAAGAAAAAAAAAGAAAAAACAUUGUAAAGUGGUUAUCCCACUGGCUAUAAGGUGAAUGCACCUAUUUGUAAGUCGCUCUGGAUAAGAGCGUCUGCUAAAUGACGUAAAUGUAAAUGUAAUAGCCCCCCGCCACCCGGACACAAACAGGGACAGUGCGCCGGGUGAUGCAGCUCUACCCCAACGGCCGGCCGUCCAGGCCCAUGACCAUCUCGGAGAGAGAGAGAGUAACACCUUUGGGCCAGCCCCUCGUCCAUCAGGUUUCCCACGGCCCCAGAAUCCACCAGUGCAUGCGCCCGACGCGCAGCGCGGGCCCACUGAACCCUGACGGGGAGAAAAGUCCAGGCGUCUCAGGAGUUGGGGUUUCGGUUCCAGCUCGCUAGCACCCCUCCCGAUACCAGCGAGCCCUCUCCAGGCAUGAGUCGCCAUGGUGACCUGCGUGGCCGCAGUACUGGCAACGUCCCUGGGGCAGACACCUCUGCCUCUCCAUCCGGGACAAGCGCGCUGCACCCAACUGCAUAGCCUCCUCCUGAGGUGUCUCCUCCGUGAAUCAGCGGAAAGCCUCUGGGCUGAUAGGGAGACUCGGAGGCGAGCCUUGCAUCAUGCCUCUCUCGUACACCCUCUCACAACGCCGAUUGUCCACCCGCACCGAGAGGUCGACAAGGCCGUCCAGUUGCUCAGGCAGCUCCCUGAAGGAGAGUUCGUCCUUCAUCCCCUCCGAUAGCGCCUGCACGUACAGGACGACCAGGACGGCCUCCUCCCAUCCUGCCUCUCGAGCCCGGGUCCGGAACUCCACGGAGUAGUCCGUCACUGAACGGUCACCCUGCCGACAAGCAGUAUGAAAUACUAACUCUGACUGGAAAAACACAAUGACACAGGGAGAACACUUCCCGAGUACCUGUAACUCCGUCACGUGAUCCGACACUGACACGUACUGCUUGACAUCAAGGAACUAGCAGAGAAAACUGAGCGAGGGAACACUGGGAAGUGAGGGCAUAAAUACACAGGUGAAUCAGAUAAUCACAGGUGACACCAAUAGGCAGAUAAUUAGUCCCGACUGUGAGUGAGGAGGUGCCUAUGGUUGUCGGAGGAUGACACCUAGUGGGUGGCUCCGGAACUGCGACCCACUACUGUGUUCGGUAUUACUGCACUGUUGGAGCUAGAAACGUAAGCAUUUCACUGCACCUGCGAUAACACCUGCAAAGUAUGUGUACACGACCAAUAACAUCUUAUUUUAUUUGAUAGCAUGCAUAGGUAUUUGCAGGUCUGUCGAGAUCUUCACAAUUGGUGUAAUAAUCUGCGCAGAAUCUCGAAUGGCAUUGAUCACUUGCACCAUGUAGUUUUAAUGUAAUCUCAACUGCAAUCCAGGUCAUUUGGUUUAGCUAUUUGAUGAAGCACAGUGAUAACACAAUCUGUAAAUAUAAAUAAAAUAUCUGACAUUGUGUAUUCCCAUUUGAACUUUGCUGUGCUUUUUAAAUGUUUGAAAGCGCAGUGAUAGACAUUUGGGUGACAACUAAACCAAAAAUCAGACAUUGUUUUUCCAUUGGAAUUUGGUUGUGCUUUUAGAUGGUUGAAAGCAUAGUGAUAACACAUUGGAAAUUCAACUAACUUUUGGCUGUCUUUUUGAGUGGGUGAAUAUAGCUGGUAAUCUCAUUGAUCAACGUCUCAACCAAGUAUUACCCAAUUAUCCACGUUGAAAUGACACGGUGUGUCCAGUGGGUAGCCUAUCAUUGUAAUAUGUGAACAUUCAUGUAGGCUACGCUUUCUGGAAUAUGAUACAGCAGAACCAUCAUCAUGUCAGAGUAGGCUACGACAGUAUCCAUUCCAUUCUCUCUGCGCUGUGGAGCCUGCGUCUGUUUUGACAGGCAGUCAGUGGACCACCUCUCACUGCGGCGCAGUUCUGAAAAAUAUAAAUAUAUCCCCGCAGAGUGGCACCCCCACCCCCACCCGCACCCCCACCCCCACCCCCACCCUCCCUCCGGCGUCUUAGUUCGCAAAAUCCUCAACUGCUUCGGCUGGCUAUCACAGGGGGUACGGCACCGGCGUUACCAAAAGCAGGGACGGAUGAAUUAGAAAAACAAAACGCCUUACCAACCCAAUCCCCUUUUACUUAUUCUUUUUGGGCAUUUUUGGGGAGAGGGACAGCAAUAAACCUUGUAUCCUGUCCUGUGGCUGACUGACAGUGAGAAGCGGAUAGAAAGGUCAGUAGAACAGGUGCACUUUCUCAUGUUUUUGCGCUAUCGGAUGACUGUGACAUAAUCGCAAAGAAAUACCGUAGAAUUUUACUGCAACAAUGUAUCAUUACAUGCUGGCAGCGUAGGAGGUUUUGGAACAAUAGACCCACUGCUAAAUAGCGUUUAAUUUGUAUGCAACACACUCCGAGCCGAAGCUGGAGUUCUUCUUGGGCAUUAAAAAGAUAUUGGCAAUUGGGUUUGUUAUUCCAACUCCAUGUAACUCUUUCAACUUGGUGCAGUGUGGUCAUAUAACCCUGUUUUUAAUGCCAGCACAGGUGCAUUAUUCUUCCAACUAUAGCCAUAAUAUAAACAUAGCCUAGGCCUAUAGCUAGUUGUGUAUUCCAGUGCGCCUUUCUUGGUCAUUUUAUGCGAUGCUAAUUUACACUGUGGUGUGAUUCCCCGAUGCGUCUCAGUGCAGAUAUAUCACGUAGCAUUGCAGCUGCUGUACCAUGGCAGAGAGAGUGAGAAAGAUCAACUGCUAGGGCUAAAAUAGGAGAGGAGGUAGGAUUGCUCAGCUGACAGUGCUGAUUCUGUGGAUCUCUGAGCAGGGCAGUCUGUGAGGCGUUGCAGUCCAAUUUAGAAAACUGUCUCGGCCACUCUCACUGACUGUCCCUCCAAGGCUUAACAGGAAAAUAGCAUUUAUUUUAUUUAUUUUUUAUUGAGAAUGUUUAGUGUUCUUUAUAUGACCAGCAUUUCUAGGGAUCCAACUAUCAAUGUUGGCAAAUUGUUCAUACAUUACCACUGUCACCAUUACCACUGUUACCAUUACCACUGUUACCAUUAUCAUUGUUUUCAAUUUAGAAACAGUGUGUGAAACAAUGUAGGCCUACAGUUGAGGUUGAUAAGGGAGGACUAUUUUCUUUUCAAACUGUACAAGAUAUUAUGUAUUGCAAUCAUGGCCAGUUACAGGCAUAAGGGACAUCGGCGGUCAAUUAGGGCCCCCGGCCAAUAGGGGGCCCUGACCCAAAAAAUGUAAUCACUUUUUUAAAUAAAACAAUUAGGGAACUCAGGGUCUCAAUUUACAAUAGUAGAUUAUACAAGGUGCGAGUUCGACAUUUGGUUGUGCAUCAGCAUUGUUUCUCUUGUUUUGCUUUGUUUUGUCACUGAAUUAGCCAUGCCAGCUAACAAUUUUUUGAUUGGUACAUUUUUACAUUUCAGUCAUUUAGCAGACACUCUCAUCUAGAGCAAAUUACAGUUAGUGAGUGCAUACAUUUUUCAUACUGGGCCCCCGUGGGAAUACGAACCCAUAACCCUGGCGUUGCAAGCGCCAUGCUCUACCAACUGAGCUACAGGAGGCCUGAGCCAGUUAUCUAAACUUGUAGUAAUCAUGGCUGAAUACAGACCCGGCACGGGUCCACAUACAUUUUGUUAGUCACUCUCACUCAGAUCACUAACAUGGCAUAAGUCAUGGCAGAAUGUGUAGAAUUGCAGGAAAGUAGCUUUAAAACUGCAAAACAUUAUCUCUGCCCCAUGGCAAAAUAAAUAGAAUUGCAUAACAUUUCUUAUAAAAUUGCAAACAUUUUUCUCUGCCCUAUGGCAAAACGUGUAGAACUGCAGAAAACUUGCUUUAAAACUGCAAAAAUUGAAUGAAAUAUGUUGUCAAAUUGUCUCUCCGCCUCAUGGAAAAAUGCGUAGAACUGCAGAAAAUGUGCUUUAAAAAGUAAUUUGUUUCUCUCCGUGGUCAAGAGGGGGGCCACUAAAAAAAUUUGCCCACUCGGUUGGGAGGGGCCCCCCAACCAAAUCUCGCUAAGGGCCACCAAAAGGCUAAUUGUUAUGAUUGUAAUUAUCAACAAAGAUCAAAGUUAUGCAAACAAAUAGCUUCUGUGGCUUUUUAACCUUUUUAAGACUAGGUUUAGCAUUUCAAGUAAAGCCAAAGUUCCUAAGUUAGAUGGCAUGUUAACCGUAGUUCAUGUUCCUGUGUAGCAUUUUGACAGAAACAGAAUACGUGUUACAUACAGCGCCUUCAGAAAGUAUUCACACCCCUUGACUAUUUCCACAUUUUGUUGUGUUACAGCCCAAAUUUAAAAUGAAUAAAAUUGAGAUUUUUGUCACUGGCCUACACACAAUACCCCAUAACGUCAAAGUGGAAUAAUAUUUGUCUACAUCUUUACAAAAUUAAUUCAAAAUGAAAAGCAGAAAAGUCUUGAGUCAAUAAGUAUUCAACCCCUUUGUUAUGGCAAACCUCAAUAAGUUCAGGAUUAAAAAUGUGCUUAACAAGUCACAUAAUAAGUUGCAUGUGAGUGAUAAUAGUGUUUAACAUGAUUUUUGAAUGACUACCUCAUCUCUGUACCCCACACAAUACAAUUAUUAAGUCCCUCGGUCGAACAGUGAAUUUCAAACACUGAUUCAACCACAAAGAGCAGGGAGGUUUUCCAAUGCCUCUCAAAGAAGGGCAGCUAUUGGUAGAUUUAAAAAAAACACACACACACACACACAAAAAACAGACAUUGACUAUCCCUUUGAGCAUGGUGAAAUGAUUAAUUACACUUUGGAUGGUGUAUCAAUACACCCAUUCACUACAAAGAUACAGGCAUCCUUCCUAACUCAGUUGCCGGUGAGGAAGGAAACCGCUCAAGGAUUUCACCAUGAGGCCAAUGGUGACUUUAAAACAGAGUUUAAUGGCUGUGAUAGGAGAGAACUGAGUGUGGAUCAACAGCAUUUUAGUUACUCUGCAAUGCUAACCUAAAUGACAGAGUGAAAAGAAGGAACUAAAGUAAUACUUCAAAAAAUGUGGCAAAGCAAUUAACCUUUUGUCCUGAAUACAAAGUGUUAGGUUUGGGACAAAUCGAAUACAGCACAUUAUUGUGUACCACUCUUCAUAUUUUCAAGCAUACUGGUGGCUGCAUCAUGUUAUGGGUAUGCUUGUAAUCAUUAAAGACUGGGGAGAUUUUCAGGGAAAAAAAUAAACGGAAUGGAGCUAAGUACAGGCAAAAUCCUAGAGGAAAACGUGUCUCACUCUGCUUUACACUAGAGACUGGGAGAUGAAUUCACCUUUCAGCAGGACAAUUACCUAAAACACAAGGCCAAAUAUACACUGGAGUUGCUUACCAAGAAGACAGUGAAUGUUCCUGAGUGGCCGAGUUACAUUUCUGACUUAAAGCUACGUGAAAAGAUAUGUCAAGACCUGAAAACGGUUGUCUAGCAACGAUCAACAACCAUUUAGAGCUUGAAGAAUUCUGAAAGAUAAUAAUGCAAAUGAGGAAUAAGUCAAGGGGUGUGAUGCUUUGUGAAGGCACUGACAGCAGAACCACAAUGUAAUACAAGGCUUAGUCCUACAGUUGUCAAUGGUUGUUUUUUUCGGUUUUUAUUGCACCUAAACAUCUUUAUGCUGAAGUAAUGGAAUACAUUCAUUUCUUUGCUUGUUCACAUAAAAAUUAAAAAGAUCAGUCUCCUAUUUUCAACAUUUGAACUGAGUACUUUGUGGCUUUCACACAGGAUGGUUGAAAUGGUCAAACAGAUAUUAUGCAACGCGUGCAUUUCUGUGACAGUGACUGAGAUAGAAGCUUGCAAAACACAUUAUGUUCAUGAACAAGAUUUACUAUGGGGUGUUUUUGUGUUUCGAACCACUACCGACUGGUAUUACCGAGAAUAGUCAACAUCUCCUUGAGGUAAAUUAUUCUCCAAAGCAGGUCAGUAUUAUAAUUACAUUCUCUCUCUCUCUCUCUCUCAACCAUCUCUCUCUCUCUCGAAGCGAGGAGAGAGGAGAGAGAGAGAGAAGAGAGAGGAGAGAGAGAGGACAGAGGAGGAGAGAGGCAGAGAGAGAGAGAGAUCCCGAGAAUCCCUCUUCGCUCUCUCUCUCUCCUCUCUCCCUCUCUCUCCUCUCUCUCUCUCUCUCUCUCUCUCUCUCUCUCUAUAUAUUAUUCUAUAUCUCUUAUAAUGCCUAUACAGUUUUAAGCGUCCUCCUAAAUCUUCCAUUCCCUCCCCUCAGGUCCCCUGUGUGUGUUUGGUGCUAGAGAAUUCACCAUGGGGCUCAAGGCAGCCCUUCCUAAGCUGGAGCUCUACCUCUAUACAGCGGUUCUCUACCUGUCUCUGCUGUGGGCCGGCACCUGGAUCUGGGAUGCUUCCUCUGGUGAGUAGUGGACCAUGAGUUGUUAUGGGGAUAUGUCCCAAAUUACACCUUAUUCACUAUUUAGUGCACUGGGGCUCCGGCCAAAAUAAAGGCACUAAUUAUGGAAUAAUAUGCAAUUUGGGACGGGCCCAUGGUGUAACUGUAUUGUUGAUCUGAUGUAACUAAUGUCUGAAUUGCAGUUUUCUUGGGACAGGUCUCCCUUUGUAAAAUAUUUAUCUCAUAGCUAUCCACACCAUGUCCUAUAGACUCUACGUUCAUAACCAACCUGCGUUCGUUCCCUAGUUUCAAAUUAACCUGCCUACAUGCUGAUUGAAAACUGACUCUGCAGAACAUGGCUCAGCGUUUUGUCUCUCGUAUAUAGAUUUUCUCCCUGUACAUUAUCCUCAGUCAAGCAAUGGUAUUCAAACCUUUCACAUCAUGUUGCUUGAAGUGUUUGCGUCUACAGUAUCUGAUUAAAAUUAAGAGGCCAUAAUGGAUUCUUAUUAUUCAUCUGUCUAUUAUGAGUGUCAGGUUAUUAUAAGUGGCCUAAUUAGCAGCUAAUGUCCUACUUCUGAACUCCUUAGAUAAUAAUAAUAUGCCAUUUAGCAGACGCUUUUAUCCAAAGCGACUUAGUCAUGUGCGCAUACAUUUUUACGUAUGGGGUGGUCCCGGGGAUCGAAUCCACUACCCUGGCGUUACAACCGCCGUGCUCUACCAAGGCUUGAGCUACAGAGGACCACAAGGAGGAUAUUCUUGUGUCUAAUGACAGAACGUGUCAAGGAGUCAAACGCAACUAGAAAUACUAUAGUCUGCCGACGUAUUAUAUUUUGUAUAACUUGUAAACACGUAUACAGCAUUUAUACGCAUGUGUAACGGCUUUUUGAUGAAAGUCAUUAUAAAAAAGUGUUACCAGCCAGUGUUUUCCUUGUCAGUCUGCUUACUAAAGCUAUUAUCUUUUUAUGUAUUGAUUUGAAUGAAGUGACCGGCAGAUUAUGUAACCUCUGUGGAUGGGUGCAUGAACAGGGAGGGAAUUACACGUGCUGCAGCCUGUGUGCACUGCAGUCCGAUUGUAUGAAACUGAAACAGUGUAGCGUUGUCCCCUAGUGUUCUGCUCAACCUACCUUGUAGUAGAGGGAUUUCUUUAGGUCACGGCACAUGCUUGUAAAAACAACGACUGGGUUAGAGAUAAAGACGACUAAUGUACGCUGCUGCAACAACCACUACCCAGCGGUGGGGCAAUAAAGACGUUGGGAAUUAUGGGGAUAAUGUUUACUUGCUUUCCUCUCACUGUCAGUCGUGGUUUCACUGAGGAUAAUAUAGAGUACAUGUCCUGCACUCAAAUCUGCAUUAUGCAUUACAGUACAGUACAGUAGAGUAGAGUACAGUACAUUAGAGUACAGUACAUUAGAGUACAGUAGAGUAGAGUACAGUACAGUACAUUAGAGUAGAGUAGGGUACAGUACAUUAGAUUACAGUAGAGUAGAGUACAGUACAUUAGAGUAGAGUAGGGUACAGUACAUUAGAUUACAGUACAGUAGAUUAGAGUACAGUACAUUAGAGUACAGUACAUUAGAGUAGAGUAGGGUAUAGUACAGUAGAGUAGAGUACAGUACAUUAUAUUAGAGUAGAGUAGGGUACAGUACAGUAGAGUAGGGUACAGUACAUUAGAGUACAGUACAUUAGAGGAGAGUAGGUUACAGUACAUUAGAGUACAGUACAUUAGAGUAGAGUAGGGUACAUUACAUUAGAGUACAGUACAUUAGAGUAGAGUAGGGUACAGUACAUUAGAGUACAGCACAUUAGAGUAGAGUAGGGUACAGUACAGUAGAGUACAGUACAUUAGAGUAGAGUAGGUUACAGUACAUUAGAGUACAGUACAUUAGAGUAGAGUAGGUUACAGUACAUUAGAGUACAGUACAUUAGAGUAGAGUAGGUUACAGUACAUUAGAGUACAGUACAUUAGAGUAGAGUGGGUUACAGUACAUUAGAGUACAGUACAUUAGAGUAGAGUAGGUUACAGUACAUUAGAGUACAGUACAUUAGAGUAGGGUACAGUACAUUAGAGUACAGUACAUUAGAGUAGAGUAGGUUACAGUGCAUUAGAGUACAGUACAUUAGAGUAGAGUAGGUUACAGUGCAUUAGAGUACAGUACAUUAGAGUAGAGUAGGUUACAGUACAUUAGAGUACAGUACAUUAGAGUAGAGUAGGGUACAGUACAUUAGAGUACUGUACAUUAGAGUAGAGUAGGGUACAGUACAUUAGAGUACAGUACAUUAGAGUAGAGUAGGGUACAGUACAUUAGAGUACAGUACAUUAGAGUAGAGUAGGUUACAGUGCAUUAGAGUACAGUACAUUAGAGUAGAGUAGGUUACAGUGCAUUAGAGUACAGUACAUUAGAGUAGAGUAGGUUACAGUACAUUAGAGUACAGUACAUUAGAGUAGAGUAGGGUACAGUACAUUAGAGUACAGUACAUUAGAGUAGAGUAGGGUACAGUACAUUAGAGUACAGUACAUUAGAGUAGAGUAGGGUACAGUACAUAAGAGUACAGUACAUUCGAGUAGAGUAGGGUACAGUACAUUAGAGUACAGUACAUUAGAGUAGGGUACAGUACAUAAGAGUACAGUACAUUCGAGUAGAGUAGGGUACAGUACAUUAGAGUACAGUACAUUAGAGUACAGGUUCUAGCUACUGCUCUGGCCAUCAGCCUAUUUCCCCAGGGCUUAACAGCUUCCCUUAACUGAACCGACCGUCUAAAUACAUCUGAUACCCUAAUGAGACCAACCAUCAGGUUUAUCAAGAGCACAUGCAGUAAGGUUGUACUUACUGUAGGCUGUGGUAGGAACGUGUGAACUGCUGGACUAGUGCUCAUUGUCACAAUAUGUACAGUUGAACUUUAGAGAGCGCUAUCAUUACGUCUUCCUGACCUCCUCUGAUAUCUAUCUACCAUAUGGCCCUUCAGCCUUCAGAUGGACCGGUGGACCCGACAGCAAGGCUGUGUCUGUUUGUGCCUUGGACCGGAGAAGCGCAGCGCUAUGGCUUCCUGUCAGAGUAUUGCUGUCUCCGCCCCAGAGAGCGCUGUUGUUUUCCUUGUCUCCUGUUCCAUGGAAUAUUUCAGUUUAAUCAUUGAGGGCCACGCUGCACACUGGAGCGUAAUCUCCCAAAAUAGAGGACGGCUUUUAGAAUAUGAUUAUUAUUGUGGAAAAUAUGAAGGGCUUUGUGAUAACUAAGUAGGUUAUGCAAUGCUGUUGGGGUUUUGCUCAAUAUCCUACUGCUCUUGCCAAAAUAACACACUUACUGGAAAUAUCGACAUGUAACUGUUCAUUUUUUUUUUUAUUGUAUUUUUUUUGCAAUAACACAAGUUUAAAGGUUAAAAAAAAGGAUCGUAUCAGACAGAAGAUGGAUACGUUUUGCCUGGCUACCCAGACUCCUUACUCCGGCCCAGUUUGAGUCGUCAGGCUAGGAUAUGAUGUAAACCAUCUAAAAUGGAGAAACACAUUAACAACAGAUCAAUCACACUAUAGACAUGUUUCUGGAGAUCUCAGUUCAAGCUAGUCCACGUAACCCACUCCUAAAGAGCCUGUCUGGGUUCCCUUGUCUCUGAUGGAAUCCAACAAAACUCUCAGUUCAUUGUUUUUAAAUGGUUUGUCCGUCAGUCGUCAGUGAACAGGUAUUCCCUUUCCUAUUUGAUUUUCAGACAAUGUGAACAGGAAGGUGUUCAAGAAGAGCGUGAAACCAGGUUGGCACUACUUUGGCAGGAAAAUGGUCAGUGGUUCAUUCCCAGUAUGUAAUGUACAAGCCCUCCCAUACACUGAAACUCGGAUACAUAUUAAACCUUGUCCUGGACUGAAAAGUGAGAUUCUCAAUUGAGCAUGUUUUUUUUAGUCCAGGAUUAGGUUUAAUCUAGUCUGUUCUAACUAAUGGAAUAUAUUUGUCUCUCUGUUACUCGUGAGACAAUGUUGCAUCACUAACACAUUUUACACACUUUUUUUAAUUGAUUGAAUUGAUAAAAAUGGAUGAGUGUGAAUUUAUAUAUAUAUUUGUUUUUCAACUAUUUGUUUUCAUGUGUUAUAGGACGUUGCUGAUUUUGAAUGGGUGAUGUGGUUCACAACAUUCCGCAAUCACAUCCUAUUCGCCCUCGCCGGUCAUGUGAUCUUUGCCAAAGUCUGCUCCCUGAUAUCUCCCCGGGUGAGUAUUCACAGUUACGAUGACUUCCCACACUCAAAAUGUAAGCCUCAAAAGGCACCCUAUAGGGGGCUCUGGUCAAUAUAGUAGUGCACUAUAGAGGAACUAGGGUACCAUUUGGGAUAAAGCGAAAAUGUAGCUUUUUAGGUAUGGGUAACACAAUUUACAUUAAGGGAAAGGGGAUAUCUAGUCAGUUAUAGAACUGAAUGCAUUCAACUGAAAUGUGUCUUCUGUACUUAACCCAACCCCUCUGAAUCAGAGAGGUGCAGGGGGGGGGGGCUGCCUUAAUCGUCAUCGGCGCCAGUUGUUGGGGGUUAACUGCCUUGCUCAGAGGCAGAACGACAGAUUUUUACCUUGUCGGAUCGAGGAUUCGAUCCAGAAACCUUUCGGUUACUGGCCCAGCGCUCCUACCCGCCAGGCUACCUGCCGCCCCUAAUUGCUGUCAUACCUGUGUAGUAACACUGUAAUUACACCAGAAACUAAAUUGUAUUAACAUGUUGUUACACAGUAACUGCAUGUUAAUUGCAUAGCAAUGUAAUUUGGAGUGUAUUGUGUUAUUUUUUGUAUAAUCCUGCCUAGUACAAAGCACGAGUUGGCUGACUAACGGAGUAGCACAUUUAUGUCAAAUCAAAGAUAGUCUCAAACAUAUGCUCCCAAUAAUCAAAUGGGUAAGCACCUGACAAACGUGUGUUCAUGUAUGUUUUAAACAUGCUUUUGUUUUGUUUUGUUUUGCGCUUGCGAUGAAGAUUGGUGUGGAUGAUUGGUAUUGCAAGGUAACAUUAUUAAACACAAUAAUGAACUCUUUAUAUAUAUAAAAAAAAUAAGUAAUUCAUUUCAUCCCAACCGUCACCACUUUAGUGUAAUCAACCAUCUAUGACGUAGUCAUCACUGAUGUUCGGUUACUAGUGUAUCUGUUUGGCUACUAAUGUCUGUUAUCGGUUACUAGUGUAUCUGUUUGGCUACUAAUGUCUGUUAUCGGUUACUAGUGUAUCUGUUUGGCUACUAAUGUCUGUGCGUUAUUGAUUUGAUUCACACAGUGUAUAUGUCACAUAGACUAGAGUAUAGUCAUAGUUUUAUCGCUACAACCAUUGACAUUUCCGCUAACAUUGUAUUAACCUUGUAAUUAAGUUCUAAUAACAUUGCUAUAUAGUUGUAAUAACAUAUCAUACACAUUUUACAACAUCGUCACAACAAUAUUACAACAUUGUAAUAACAUUAUUUUAUUUAUUUUUAUUUUUGGUCAUUUAGCAGACGCUCUUAUCCAGAGCGACUUACAGGAGCAAUUAGGGUUAAGUGCCUUGCUCAAGGGCACAUCGACAGAUUUUUCACCUAGUCGGCUCGGGGAUUAGAACCAGCGACCUUUCGGUUACUGGCACAACGCUCUUACCCACUAAGCUACCUGCCGCCCCUACAUUGUAAUAACCUUGUGGUAACCUUUUUAACAGCCUUGCAAUAUUAUUGUAACGUUGUAAAAAAAAUAUAUAUAUAUAUAUAAAAAACAACAACAUUAAAAUAACCUUGUUACAACCUUGUAAUAUCGUUGGUUCUUCCUGCUCCACAGCACAGGUCGUUGGUCUAUGGGUUGUACGGUGGACUGACGGUGCUGGUCAGUAUGGGCGGGGGCUUCCUGGCUCUCGUCCUAUCACACUGCUUCAUCCUCUACAGCGUGGCCCUGGUCAAGAGGAAGUGGAUUGUCUUCGUCGCCGGUCUCGCCAGCCUGGCCACCUUCAAGAUGGAACCGUUUAACACCUGGCAGGUGGGUUGGCUGAACUUAGAUCUCUCUGAUUGAUUGAACCACUUGAAAUAUCUGCCCUAUCCGUGCCCCUGUCUCAACAACAUGAAAGCAAGUGUCAGGUUUGUGCUCACAAUCAACUAUUGGCACAAUGGAUUUAUAACACCAUGUCCUGUGUAUUCAGAACUUACCUUUAACAGUCCAGCACUAUCAUGGUACAUAGCUAGUGUAGAUGCACUUUAACAGUCCAGCACUAUCAUGGUACAUAGCUAGUGUAGAUGCACUUUAACAGUCCAGCACUAUCAUGGUACAUAGCUAGUGUAGAUGCACUUUAACAGUCCAGCACUAUCAUGGUACAUCGCUAGUGUGAUGCACUAACAGUCCAGCACAUCAUGGUACAUAGCUAGGUAGAUCAUUUAACAGGUCCAGCACUAUCAUGGUAACUAUGAUAGUUGUAGAUGCACUUAAAGGUCCAGCACUAUAUGGUUACAUAGCUAGUGUCAUUGCACUUUAACAGUCCAGACACUAUUCAUGGUACAUAGCUUAGGGUCCAGAUGCACUUAACAGUCACAAGCACUAUCCUGGAUACAUAGCGAGUGUAGAUGCACUUAACAGUCCAGCACUAUAUGGUACAUAGCUAGUGUAGAUGACUUUAACAGUCCAGCACUAUCAUGGUACAUAGCUAGUGUAGAUGCACUUUCUUCCGAAGCUGAGGGAAUAAAUGUCGGUCCUGGAGGUGCUAUCUUUGUGACUGCGAUUAGACACACAUUUCAAAGUAAAUAUGCACCAAACGUCAUUAGUAUUAUUAACAAAAUUCUAAAGUUAUGUAGCUUAGCUUUCGGAAUUGAUUUUUUUUAACAGUCAUUGGUGUAUUUACUUUUGACUAGACGUUUGAAGUCUUGAAGAAGCAAAACUCUAAAGUAUGGCAUCCAUAUUAGGAAGAUGUCAGUUGUUUGACAAAACUCUAAAGUAUGGCAUCCAUAUUAGGAAGAUGUCAGUUGUUUGACAAAACCCCCUCAGUAAUGACUGACAUCAUGUUCACAUCUCCUCCAGGAAGGUUUUGUGACGGGCUACUUCGACCUGCAAGACAUUCUGUUCUACGGAGGAUCCUGUUUCACCAUCAUGCGCUGUAUGAGCUUUGCUCUGGAGAACUGUGAGAAGAAGGACGGCAACUACAGCUUCGCUGACCUGCUCAAGUACAACUUCUACCUUCCAUUCUUCUACUUUGGACCCAUCCAGACUUUCGAUCAGUACCACGUCCAGGUGAGUCAUUCUUCUACUUUGGACCCAUCCAGACCUUCCAUCAGUACCACGUUCAGGUGAGUUAUAUCCUUGAGCAGGUGAAGCUGGCAGUCAUAAUUCAAUUGACAUUGUAAGAUUUCUCUAGAGUAUUUAGUCUGUCAAUUUGCUGUCACUUUAGUUUGUUUUCUAUAUAUUCUGUGUUUUAUAGAACUAAUGUAUUUGUCAGUUCUUUUUUUUACCAUACCAUGAUCUUUAAACUUUGAACUUUUAAUCCCCCCCUAGGCCAACAACCCUAACCUGACCCGUAAGCAGAGAGAGAUGUGGAACAUUACCACCAGGGCUUUGUUGCACCUGGGAGCCAUUUUGAUGGUGGACGUGUUCUUCCACUACCUGUACAUCCUGACCAUCCCCAACGACAUGAAGCUGGUCAAGCAGCUGUCCGACUGGUCCCUGGGUCAGUUCGGCUAACUUUAAGGUUUAACCUUUAUCAGUGGGGCCAGGAGUUUUUCCUGGUCGGGACACAUAAUCAUGAAAAAGGUGGUAGACCUUCGUAUCAAGGAUCGAAAUGCACCAAGGACGGGAUUCAAUCCCAUCACACUUUGUCGGCAAUGCACCUUUUAAAGGCAAUGUUCCCGUGUUCGCAGAGACCGCAUUCGCGGUAAACACUGCAUAUGUUUUCUCAAUCGGAAAUGACCUUUUAAUGGCGUAUUGUCUGCCUAAUGCUGGGCAUACGCUACACGACUUCUAAAUAGUAACAAGAACGUGCUCACAUUUCCCGAUUUCCGUUGUCCCAAAUCUUUCAUUCCAUCCAUCCUCAACCCCAGGACGUGGGUGCUCACAUUACAUUAUGAUUCCCUAGUUAAUCAUGCCCUGCAUUUCUUGGUUGUCGUAGGAAAGAAAUGCCGCAACGCUGCUUUAUUAGUGUGCACAAUUAAUAUGUUCAGAAACAUAAAAAAAGAGACAAGAGGCGGAGAAUAUGGACCAGACCAAAUGUUGGUCAGACGUGGACAAUAUGGACUUUCUAUUCUACAGAGGGAAUUGGAGUUAAUAUAAAACCUUUAAUAUUGAAAAGGCAGCUGCGUUCUCUCCACCUAUCUGUCUUCUGUCACCUCGGUCCGUACGGUGCAUGCUGUUGUUGCUUUCCUCUUCACCAUCUUUGUUUUGGUCUCACAUGCUGAGUGCUCAUUGACUAUUGGCAGUAGUCCUUGCCCAAUUGCGUCGUAGCACUGCUCAUACUACAAGAUGCACAACAAAAAUUUCAGACAUGUCCGAAAAUUAUAGGGUCAUCCGACAAGGGUCUGGAGAACGGAACAGUCAUCAUCGGUGCGUCCUUGACCUGCUAAAAUUACGCCAGUCCUGACGUACUGACCCUAGUCCAAGUUCAUAGGAUUUCACCCCGAUCAUGAAAAUGUGUCUAGGACGGCAAAAAAAACAUGGCGAAAUAGUGUAGUGUAUGCCCGGCAUAAAUCCACUGGAUUGAAUCCUGACCUGUCCAUUAUUUAUUUCCUCACCUGACCAGGAAACCUGACCAGUAAAACUAAAAAUACAACCUCAUCUUAUAGGCCUAUAUCACUACCUAACAGAGAUAUCAAGUUUAGCAUGAUUUCUCUGCAGCAGAAAUGUCUGUGGUUGUGGUUAAUACAAAUAUGAUAUUAUGCUACAGUAUUAUCUUCUCUCUAUAUAGUGUAUACAUCUUAUCAACGACACGUGGUGCUAGGAACAUAACUUGUUGUUUCUCGUCUGUAGCUGGUCUGGCCUACUCUAACCUGGUGUAUGACUGGGUGAAGGCAGCGGUGAUGUUCGGGGUGAUCAACACUGUGGCUAGACUGGAUCAUCUGGACCCUCCUCAGCCUCCCAAGUGUAUCACCAUGCUCUACGUGUUCGCUGAGACGUAAGUGUCCAACCUGGUUAAGAGCAUUGCGCCAGUAACCGAAUGAUUGCUGGUUCGAAUCCCCGAAGCCAACUAGGUGAAAAAAAAAUCUGUUGAUGCGCCCUUGAGCAAGGAACUUUAACCCUAAUUGCUCCUGUAAGUCGCUUUGGAUAAGAGCGGCUCGUAAAUGUACGUCUCAGAACCCUUCACAUAUGAACACUUGUCUAGCGACUUUGGUAAGUGAUGGUUGGAAGCUGUGGUCUGUUUCAGGAUACUGUAUUCAGUAUACUACUGGAUGUGGACAUCACAAUGAGUAUUGACUUUUAGGUCAAUGAAUAUAGACUACAUGCUCAAACUAAUAUCCUCUCUUCGAUUUGCAGGCACUUUGACAGAGGCAUCAACGACUGGCUGUGCAAGUGAGUGUCCCACAGUCGAUAGAUGGUGAAGAACAUUUCAAAACCAUCUUAAUGCCCAGAAGAUGAUAUACUCCUCUAUAUUAAUGGUUCACUCACUUUUUCCACUUCCAUCAUUGGGGAACAUCCUUUGAUGACCAAAGACAAAGCUAUGAACUCUUCAGUGCUAACAAACUGUGUCUCGAAUCUUGAUCUCCUCUAACAGGUAUGUUUACGACUACAUUGGAGGAAGCCACACAAAUGUCUUCAAGGAGCUGGUGGCGACCAUCUGUACGUUUGUUGUGACCACUUUGUGGCUGGGUCCAUGUGAGCUGGUCUACAUCUGGUCGUUCUUCAACUGCUUUGGUCUCAACCUGGAGCUCUGGGUAGACAAGUUCUUUUCCAUACCUCCCUUCUCCAACAUCGAGGUAAGUUAAUACCAGCAGCAUACCACCCUGCAUCCCACUGCUGGCUUGCCUCUGAAGCUAAGCAGGGUUAGUCCUGGAUGGGGAGACCAGAUGCUGCUGGAAGUGGUGUUGGAGGGCCAGUAGGAGGCAUUUUCUUCCCAAUGCCCCAGGGCAGUGAUUGGGGACAUUGCCCUGUGUAGGGUGCUGUCUUUCAGAUGGGACGUUAAACGGGUGUCCUGACUCUCUGUGGUCACUAAAGAUCCCAUGGGGCUUAUCGUAAGAGUAGGGGUGUUAACCCCGGUGUCCUGGCUAAAUUCCCAAUCUGGCCACCUAAUCAUCCCCAGCUUCCAAUUGGCUCAUUCAUCCUACGUAACUAUUCCCCAGGUCGUUCCUGUAAAUGAGAAUGUGUUCUCAGUCAACUUAGCUGGUAAAAUAAGGGUUAAAAAAAUUCCUGGCAAAUUGCUAUUGAAAAUGAAUGGAUGCUAUAUGGGAAGGAGCUACUGUAUGGUAGACCAACCCUCAUCCUGGGGGGCUACUGUACCCUCUGGGGGGCUACUGUACCCCUGUGGGGGGAUACUGUACCCUCUGGGGGGAUACUGUACCCUCUGGGGGGGAUACUGUACCCUCUGGGGGGAUACUGUACCCUCUGGGGGGAUACUGUACCCCUCUGGGGGGAUAUUGUACCCCUCUGGGGGGAUACUGUACCCUCUGGGGGGAUACUGUACCCUCUGGGGGGAUACUGUACCCUCUGGGGGGAUACUGUACCCUCUGGGGGAUACUGUACCCUCUGGGGGGAUACUGUACCCUCUGGGGGGAUACUGUACCCUCUGGGGGGUUACUGUACCCUGUGGGGGGAUACUGUACCCUCUGGGGGGAUACUGUACCCUCUGGGGGGUUACUGUACCCUGUGGGGGAUACUGUACCUCUGUGGGGGGUACUGUACCCUCUGGGGGGAUACUGUACCCUCUGGGGGAUACUGUACCCCUGGGGGGAUACUGUACCCUCUGGGGGGUACUGUACCCUCUGGGGGAUACUGUACCCUCUGGGGGGAUAUGUACCUCUGGGGGUACUGUACCCUCUGGGGGGUACUGUACCCUCUGGGGGGCUACUGUACCCUCUGGGGGGAUACUGUACCCUCUGGGGAUACUGUACCCUCUGGGGGGAUACUGGACCCUCUGGGGGGGAUACUGUACCCUCUGGGGGGCUACUGUACCCUCUGGGGGGAUACUGGACCCUCUGGGGGGAUACUGUACCCUCUGGGGGGUACUGUACCCUCUGGGGGGCUACUGUACCCUCUGGGGGGAUACUGUACCCUCUGGGGGGAUACUGACCCUCUGGGGGGAUACUGUACCCUCUGGGGGAUACUGUACCCUCUGGGGGCUACUGACCCUCUGGGGGGAUACUGUACCCUCUGGGGGAUACUGUACCCUCUGGGGGGAUUACUGGUACCCUCUGGGGGUCUGACCUCUGGGGGAUAUGACUGGGGACUCCUCUGGGGGGUACUGUACCUCUGGGAUACGUACCUCUGGGGGAUACUGUACCCUCUGGGGGGUACUGUACCCUCUGGGGGGUAGAUUAUACUGUACCCUCUGGGGGGAUACUGUACCCUUGGGUUACUGGCCUGGGGGAUACUGUACCCUCUGGGGGCUACUGUACCCUCUGGGGGAUACUGUACCCUCUGGGGGGAUACUGUACCCUCUGGGGGGGUUACUGUACCCUCUGGGGGGUUACUGGACCCUCUGGUGGGAUACUGUACCCUCUGGGGGGAUACUGUACCCUCUGGGGGGAUACUGUACCCUCUGGGGGGCUACUGUACCCUCUGGGGGGCUACUGUACCCUGUGGGGAUACUGUACCCUCUGGGGAUACUGUACCCCAGCUAUAUACCUCUAUGAAUCAGCUGUUCCUUAGACUCAUGAUUAGCUGAAUCAGGUGUGCUGCCAAUGUUGCCAUAUUGCUCCCAAUAUUUCAAUAUUGCUUCGCUAUCAGAUCUGCAGGAGUGUCUAUAGGAAGUAGGGGCUGGAGACCGAUUGGGCCUUCAGCGAUAGCCAUGGCCUUGUCCUUCUGUCCCCUCUGUCCACAGUAUGCCAUAGGUGAGGCCAUGUCUCGUAGGAUCAGAGCCAUCUUCGGCGCCCUAAACUUCUGGACCAUCAUCCUCUACAACAUCCUGGCUCUCAACAGUCUGGAGUUCGCCAAGCUGGUGGGAAAAAGACUGAUCGUUCAAGGUAAGAUUGAGCAGUACUGUUGUGGACAACACAAAGAACAAUAUAUUUACAUUACAGGUCAAAAGUAAAUAUUGUAUGUAGUUACCGCAGAGAAUAACUUCUUGUUUGUCUGAGGUGUUUGACAAAAGACGUACUCCUUCCGUGGAAACUGUUCUUGACUAGUCUGAUAAAGAUGUACUCCUUCCGUGGAAACUGUUCUUGACCAGUCUGAUAAAGAUGUACUCCUUCCGUGGAAACUGUUCUUGACUAGUCUGAUAAAGAUGUACUCCUUCCGUGGAAACUGUUCUUGACUAGUCUGAUAAAGAUGUACUCCUUCCGUGGAAACUGAUUACAUUGAAAACUGCAGUCGUUCAAAAGUAUAUUUUCUCCAUCUUAUAUUUCACAUCACCAUGUCUUUCUCUGGUAUAUUUCUCACUUAUUGUCUCUAUCUUCCAGGUUUCCCUCUGUCCACCCUGUCUGUACUGUUUGUGACCUACUGUGGUGUUCAGCUGGUGAAGGAGAGGGAGAGGAAGCAAGCCCUUUUGGAAGACCCCGAGCCAGCGGCUGUGCCCCCUACACCUAAAGACAUGCCCCCCAAGCCUGAGGAGGUCGGCAAAAAAUAAAGUUGAGUAAACGCACAAACGAGGAAAAACUUCAUUUUGUUUUUUGAGGACCUGGUUUUCACGUCAACAGUCAACAACGCCCCCCCCCCCCCCCCCCCCCCCCCCCCAUAUUUUUACACCCUUGAGUAUCUCUACUGUACUGAACCAAACCAGACUGUCACAAGUCACAGGGAAUCAUCAUCGCGGCAACUCUUCUACUGCUACCACCAAGUUGUCACCAUGACAACUACUACUCUACCACUCUGUGUGUUGUUUUUUGAAAAACAAAGCAUUGUUUUUAUGUGAAAAGUCCUGAAGUGCACUUGCUGUAGAUAAUCACCAUUUGCCAAGUACCCCGUCCUUUUUGGUACAUACACCGAGAGUGCAUUUUGUAUAUUCAUAUUAAACAAAAUAUGGGCAUGCCAAAUAUUUUAUGCAGACACAGCUAAUAUAUUGAAGAUGCAGAAUUACUUUUACAUCAUCCAGCAGACGCUCUUAUUCAGAACAACUUACAGUAGUGAUCGGACACAUUUUAGCACUGGUCCCCCGUGGGAAUCAAAC